AGGCCACCCAACUCCACCAACAGAAACAAAAACCUCUCCAUUUGUAGAGAGAGAAAGCUCAGUCCAAUAUAUAAUAAUUCCAUACACAUACAGUAUAUAUAUAUAUAUAUAUAGAGAGAGAGAGAGAGAGAGAGAGAGAGAGAAACCUCUGUGCAGCCUUGAACAAACUAUACAUACAUACAUACACAUACGUACAAUCUCAGCAUUCUUCAUUGGGUAUGUAAUGUAGGCGUGCUAAUGAACUGCUAGAGAAGAGAGUGAUUUCAGUUCUUCUUCUUCUUCUUUCUUUUUUUAAUUUGUUCUGGGGGAUGUAUUGUAGAUCUUGAACCCUAUUGAAGGAAUCUUUGGUUUCUUGAUAGUAAGCACUUCACGAGACGAUGCCGGUGAAUCCAAGUUGUUGCACAUUUUAGUUUCAGUUUAUCGAGAUUUGAAUUCGUAUUUUAGUAUCAGUUGGGGAAAUCGAAUUGGGAAGCACUUGUAAUAAAGUGGUUUUUCAGUUCGGAGUGGAGGCGGAGUCAUUAAACAGAUUCGGAAUCAACUGAAGACCAAGUAGCGGCAGAGGAAUGGAUGAUAGAGGAGGAGGAGGGUCGUUUGUGGCAGUAAGGCGAAUUUCGCAAGGGCUUGAUCGAGGAAGUGCCUGCCAUUCUACUUCUGGAUCUGCUGCAUGGCUUGGCAGAGGGCUUUCGUGUGUUUGUGCUCAAAGAAGAGAUAGUGAUGCUCGUCCAUCAUUUGAUUUGACCGCUGCACAGGAGGAAUGCCUACAGAGGCUACAGAAUCGGAUCGAUAUUGCCUAUGAUAGUUCUGUUCCAGAACAUCAGGAAGCGCUAAGGGCAUUGUGGCAUGUUGCCUUUCCUGGAGAGGAACUCCGUGGUUUAAUAUCAGAGCAGUGGAAGGAAAUGGGUUGGCAAGGAAAAGAUCCAUCUACAGAUUUUCGGGGUGGUGGUUUCAUAUCAUUGGAGAAUUUAUUAUACUUUGCAAGGAACUUUCCGAAAUCUUUUCAAGAUCUUCUCCGGAAGAAGGAAGGUGACAGAGCUCUGUGGGAAUACCCCUUUGCUGUAGCUGGUGUCAACAUCACAUUCAUGCUAAUUCAAAUGCUUGACCUCGAAGCAGUGAAGCCCAGAACGCUUGUCGGAGCAACUUUCUUGAAGUUUCUAACAGAAAAUGAAUCUGCAUUUGACCUUCUUUAUUGUAUCGCGUUCAAGCUAAUGGACCAUCAGUGGCUUGCCAUGCAUGCUUCAUACAUGGAUUUCAAUACGGUGAUGAAAGCUACUCGCCGUCAGCUGGAGAGGGAGCUUCUGCAAGAAGACGUUGCACGCCUUGAAGACUUGCCCUCCUACAGCCUUCUUAGUCGAUAGAAAAUGCAUAGGUAGCCCUCACACUUGUUGAAGGUAUGAGUUGAUGUUUAAGACUUGCUCUCUGCUGGAUGCUUCCUUCUCUUCCAUUCUUCUCCUCCUUCCCAUGAUGGUGUUUCCAACUAGGUAGUUCCCUCGUCAAUCGGGUUGUUUGCAGGGUUUGGGGUUUUGUUGUUUCGACUGAUUAUUGUGAGGGGAAGGGAGACUAAGCAAGUCUGUAAUGAUAGAGUAAGUAAUUAGAACCCUUCUCUGCUGCAAGCUUUGGAAUAGCAAAAUUAUAGCAUGCUCUUUCCUGUCAAUUGAUUUCCCUGUUUAGGCUUGGGAGAAGAUGAAUUUGCUGACAAUCAAUGUAAGCCAACAUCUUUGUAGAGACACGGAUGAUGUAUAACCAGCCAAGUCAGUGCAAAAAUUUGUUCACUGAAACUCAUGAA